GUAGGGCGCACUCUCAGACCAGCUCGCUCUUUCUGCGCGCAGCAUCAAGAACAUGGCUGACGUGACAGCGGUGGGGGAAGAGAAACUCAGCAAAAAGUCUGUCUGCUGACUGUGGUAGCUCAGCAUGCUGUGUCUGGUCAGGGCUGCCAGGCAGCAGCUGUGCCAAGCCUUUGCUGUCAGAGGACAGUGGUUAAAAUAUGCAUCCCCGUGUUCAGCUGCAGCCCCGGCUCAGUUUCACGGAAUACGAUGGAGAGGUGACAAAAGUGAGUUGAAGAGACGAAUGAAAGCUGAGAAGAAAGCAGCUGAGAAAGAAUCAAAAGCAAAGGAUUUGGGAGAACAAGCUGACUCUAAUAAUGCCAGUGCACAAAAUGCCAGUGCGCUGGAUGAUGAGACACUCGAUCCCAAUCAAUACUUCAAGAUCCGCACCCAGGCCAUCCAGGAGUUGAAGGGCACAGCUGAGGACCCGUACCCACACAAAUACCAUGUAGACUUGUCGCUUACAGACUUCAUUCAGAAAUACAACCACCUGCAGCCUGGGGACCAACUGAGCGAUGUUGUUCUCGCUGUGUCAGGCCGAGUUCACGCCAAGAGAGCUUCUGGCGCCAAGCUGAUCUUCUACGACCUGCGUAGUGAAGGAGUCAAGCUGCAGGUCAUGGCAAACUCAAGGAACUACAAGUCUGAAGAAGCGUUUGUGGCCAUCAACAACAAGCUGCGCCGUGGCGACAUCAUUGGUGUCCGUGGAAAUCCUGGAAAGACCAAGAAGGGGGAGCUGAGCAUCAUUCCCAUUGAGAUUACCCUGCUGUCACCAUGUUUGCACAUGUUGCCCCACCUCCACUUUGGCCUCAAAGACAAGGAAACUCGAUUCCGCCAGCGCUACUUGGAUCUGAUUCUCAACGACUAUGUGCGGCAGAAGUUCUUAACUCGAGCCAAAAUCAUCACAUAUCUGCGAAGCUUCCUCGACCAGAUGGGCUUCCUGGAGAUUGAGACACCAAUGAUGAACAUUAUUCCUGGAGGAGCAGUGGCCCGUCCUUUCGUUACCUACCACAAUGAGCUGGACAUGAACCUCUUCAUGAGGAUUGCCCCUGAGCUGUACCACAAGAUGCUGGUGGUUGGUGGCCUGGACAGGGUGUAUGAGGUCGGUCGUCAGUUCAGGAACGAAGGAAUCGACCUCACUCAUAAUCCAGAGUUCACCACCUGUGAAUUCUACAUGGCAUAUGCUGAUUACCAUGACUUGAUGGAAAUCACAGAGAGACUGCUUUCAGGAAUGGUGAAGCACAUCACCGGAGGAUACAAGGUGACUUACCAUCCUGAUGGUCCAGAGGGCCAGGCCUAUGAGAUUGACUUCACUCCUCCAUUUAAAAGAGUGAGCAUGACACACGACCUGGAGAAGAUCAUGGGAGUUAAAUUCCCUCCAACGGACAGCUACGACUCCGACGAGACCCGCAAAUUCUUCGACGAUCUGUGUGCCCAGAAAGGUGUUGAGUGUCCUCCACCCAGGACCACUGCCCGCCUCCUUGACAAGUUGGUUGGAGAUUUUCUUGAGGUCACGUGCAUCAGUCCAACUUUCAUCUGUGAUCACCCUCAAAUCAUGAGCCCCUUGGCGAAAUGGCACAGAUCAGAAAAAGGUCUAACUGAGCGUUUUGAGCUUUUUGUCAUGAAAAAGGAAAUUUGCAACGCCUACACGGAGUUGAACGAUCCAGUCAUACAGAGGGAGCUGUUUGAGCAGCAAGCCAAGGCAAAAGCUGAGGGUGACGAUGAAGCCAUGUUCAUUGAUGAGACCUUCUGCACAGCACUGGAAUACGGUCUGCCUCCGACCGCUGGCUGGGGGAUGGGCAUCGACCGUCUCACCAUGUUCCUCACCGACUCAAACAACAUCAAGGAGGUUUUGCUGUUCCCAGCCAUGAAGCCUGAUGACAAUAAGAAGUCUGCUCCCUCUGAGGAACCUUCUUCCUAAGGUCUUGACCUCUGAUCCCUCCAGCUGCUUCAUCUCUGCAGGAGUCCAUAUGAAGUAUUGGUCUUUACCUCACACUGGGCACCAGCAGAGUCUGCAAAUUUAGUUUUAGUUUGUUAAACAUUGGAGCUUAUUGGUCCGGGAUUCAUAUCGAUUUGUUUUUGUUUUUUUUUUUAUUUCGUCUGCUCAUCACACCGAUUGAAUCCUCAGUCCU